CUCGUUGCGUAGUACAGCGAGAAAUCACGAUUUUUCCUACAGUAAAUUGACCAGCAGGAGUAUAUUUGUGGUAUAAAUACUUCUGCUGGAAGAGUACCAAUCCUGUGACCGAUCAGUAUCGACCCGCGCUUACGGCCUAGCUGAAAAGAUGUCCACGAUGGAUCGCCAUUCGAUCAACGUGACUCCUGUCGCCCGUCAGCCCAGUCUGGACGAUAUGAAUUUGGAUCAGUUCCUAAAAAUCUCCAACUACGAAGACACGGUAAAGCAGCUGGAUAUCUACUACGGCAUCGUUAAACGGCAACUGCUUCAGUUUCAAAGUCCAAUCACUGGGCUCUUUCCGGUGCUCAGUACGGAUCGCGAGGUGGGCAGCAUUCGGGACAGUGUGUACUGUGCGGCUGCAAUUUGGAGCCUCUAUCAAGCGUACCGCCGGAUCGAUGAUGAUCGGGGCAAAAGCUACGAGUUGGGCCAGUCGGCCGUCAAGUGUAUGCGCGGUAUACUGGAGUGCUGGAUCAAGCAGGCACACCGGGUGGAAAAGUUUAAAUCCCGACAGUGUUCGGUGAACGCACUGCACUGCAAAUUCCACCUGGACACGGGAGAGGAAAUCUACUCGGAUGAAAACUACAAUCAUCUGCAGAUCGACGUGGUAUCGAUCUACCUCAUUUUUCUGGUGCAAAUGAUCACGUCCGGACUGCAGAUAAUCUAUACCCAGGAUGAGGUCGCGUUCGUGCAGAACCUGGUGUACUACGUUGAGCGCGCGUACCGAACGCCCGACUUUGGCAUGUGGGAACGUGGUUCGAAGUAUAAUGAUGGCACGCCGGAGAUUCAUGCCUCGUCUAUCGGUAUGGCGAAGUCAGCCCUGGAGGCCAUCAAUGGGUGCAAUCUGUUCGGAGAGAAAGGUGCCUCGUGGAGUGUCGUUUACGUCGAUAUCGAUGCGCACAAUCGUAAUCGAAGCAUCUUCGAAACCAUGCUACCUCGCGAGUCGAGCUCGAAAGGCGUCGAUGCGUCGCUGAUACCGACGCUUUCGUUCCCGGCAUUUGCUUCCCACGAGGAGCGGCUGGUGGACAUGAGCAAGCUGAACGUGGUACGCCGGUUGAAGGGCAAGAAAGGUUUCAAACGGUUCAGUCGCGAUGGUUACCUGUCGCGGUUGGAGGACAAAACACGGCGCUACUACCACAAAGGCGAAAUUAAAGACUUUGAAGGGUUCGAGUGCGAGUGGCCCAUGUUCUACACGUACAUGAUCAUCGAUGGCGUCUUCAAAAACAAUCUGGAACAGAUCGAAGAGUAUCAAAUGGAGCUUCGAAAGUGUAUGCACUCCGACACCAAUGGAGAUCCGGUUGUUUCGAUGUGCUACGCUCCGGACGGCGACGGCAUGUAUACUCGAUCGUCUUCACAAUCACUUUUCCUCUGGGGUCAGUCGGUGUUCAUCAUUGCCCAACUCCUGACGGCCGGUUUGCUGCAUAUUAACGAGUUGGAUCCGAUUCGGCGAUAUCUGCCAUCGUACAAUCGACCCCGCAAAGGUGGUCGCUAUUCGGCGUUUCAGGCAAAACCGGGAAUUCGUACCAAAAUCGGAAGUGCACUAGCAAUGCAUCGACCUGUAACGCCACCCCAUAUCGAAGCGCAGCACAGCCAGGAUCAAAUGUCGGACACUUCCGGCGAACCGUCGCGCGGGACAGCUACGGAUUUGGUGGUACAAAUUGUGCUGAUCGCCGAGUCGAUGCGUCUGCAAGCAAUGAUGGCUACCUACGGUAUUCAAACACAGACUCCUCAUGAGGUUGAACCAGUUCAAAUAUGGUCCUCCACACAGCUGAUUAACGUGUACCAGCAGCUCGGUGUGAACGAUAAGAUCGGACUGACCGGACGUCCACCACGUCCCGUUGGUUCGCUUGGUACGAGCAAGGUGUACCGUAUUUGCGGUAUGACCGUGCUCUGCUAUCCGCUCAUCUUUGAAGUGUCCGAUUUUUACCUCUACCGUGACAUGGCACUCCUCAUCGACGACAUUAAGACGGAGCUGCAGUUUGUUGGGAAAUAUUGGCGUCUUUCCGGGCGGCCAACCGUGUGCCUGCUGAUACGUGAGGAGCAUAUGCGCGAUCCACAGUUCAAGGAAAUGAUCGACUUGUUGGCGAUGCUGAAGAAAGGCUAUUGCGAUGACAUGAAGGUACGCAUUGGGCGACUGCAGAACCUUAUCUCGAGCUCGUGUAUCGAGCAUCUCGAUUUUAUGUCCACCUCGGACCUGCCGGAUGUUGGCGAUACGGCUUUUGCGCAAAUUCAUCACGAUUACAUCGGGUACCAGAGCUUGACGGACGUACCGCGGGCGCAAUCGUACCGUGAGAAGAAGAUUACUGCCGCCGAGUACGCGACACGCUCGACCCCGGACAUCCUCGAGGCACUGCGGAAUACGGAAUCGAUCUUCCUUCAAUGUCAGCUGCUCGGUAUAAUUCUGCAUCGUGAGGGUGCCCACUACGAGCUGGCCGGUGAAUCGGUGCACGUGAAGCUGACGGACCUCUACUAUCGGGCCGGCACGCUUCGGUACUGGCGCGCAGUGCGCUACUGCAGUUCACUGUUGCGGCACAUUGUGGAUUCGAUUUCGCCAUUCAUCACCACACUGUUGGUCAACGGAAAGCAGAUCACGGUCGGGGUGAUCGGGCAGCGGGAAACGAUCUUCGACAAACCGAUGACUCCGUCCGAGAUUCAGAACGUGAUGUACUCGACGGUGCAGCCGUAUAAUGUGAUUCACGCGGUGCUCCAACAGGAGGUGGUGCUAUAUUGUGGUCGGCUGAUUGCGACCAAUCCGGACAUUUUUAAGGGAAUUUUGAAAAUUCGUGUCGGAUGGGUGCUAGAGGCGAUGCGAUUGUAUCUAACGAUGAAGGGUGAUGAAGGAGCGGACAUCGAGAAUCUAUCGCCGUUCCAGAUUCGACAGCUGCUCCAGCGGGUGCUUACCGUAAGCCAGUGGGCCAAUGAUGAUCAUUUUAGCACAUUACAACGUCGUCAGCUAGAAGGGUGUCUAUGCAGGGUACCGAGCUCGUUCUACAAUCUAGUCUGGGACGUGCUGGAACGUACACCGCACGGCAUUACGGUGCAGGGUCACAAUCUACCCGCUAUGCCGACGCUCACCAACAAAAGCCGCAGUGAGCUGUCCUUCUCGCUGCAGGUCGAGGAGAUGCUGCACCAAAUCAUUGAACCCGAACGGCGCCAGAUAGCGGUCGAACUGCUGUGCAUUGUGGCCACCAUCCUAAGUCGCAAUCCGGAGCUUCGCUUUCAGCAGGUGCUUGAUCUCGAUCUGCUACUGGUGGAUUCGUUCGCAAUGUAUUGCAAGGAUCAUAAUCUACAGGCGACCAACGACAUAACGCCUCUGUUUUCGCUUUCGUACUCCCAGACGACGGGUUAUUUAGCUCGGGCCGCAGUAAACAGUGUACUACAGCGUGCUACCCUAUCCACGGAAGAUUUUGCCGACGAUGUUGAAGAUCACUGCCGCGUUCAGUGAAGAGCCGCAAAGUUGAGGCAAGCUUGUUUUUCGUUUUAAUGCUGAGACUCGUUUUACAGUUUUGAAUUUAGGUUCGCUUAUAGCCAUUUGUUGAUGUUGUAUGAAACAAAGUAAAAGAUGUACUAGUUCUAGCAGCAAAUGCCGAGCAAUAUAGACGCUAAACGUUAUCCGUUUGAAAACGGGAGAGAUUUUUAAACUGUAAUCUCUUGUUGUUGCAUGACGUAUAACGAAGCAAUAAAUUUUACUCAAUCAUGACAAAGCGACAAAAAUAUAUAUCGGUUUGAUACAAUCCACCGU